GCACUGCCCUGUAGCGGGCACCGCCUGCCUGUCCCGGCGCGGGAGGGGAGCGCCCCCUUUCGCGCUCCCGCGCCCAUGGGCGGGCAGGGCGCGGUGCCGGGGCAGGGGGCUUCGGAGGAGUUGGAGCCGUCGGGGCCAGGAGCAGGGGCCUAGGUGUGGAGGCAGCAGGAGAUCCUGGGGGCGCUGGGACCCCCGCGGGCCGGGUCCCAGGGGCCGGGGCAUUACCUCUCUGCCCCGUCCUCAGAGCAGUCAUGAACCCCUGCCUCUGCCCCAGCCCUCUGGCAGGACCUGCCUUGUGCCCGGCCUGCUGGUGGAAGGGAGAGGGAGUGGCAGUGCAAGGAGGUGCUUCCUCACCUGGGCUGGGCCACUCCCAGGGAAAAGGUCAUCAGCAGCCAGGAGCUGAGGCUUCUGUGUGGCUGCAGGUGCCUGGUGCAGACAUAACGCCCCACUCCUCCAAGCUGCCCUGCAGGCUGCACCCAUGGAGCAUGAACAGUGUCCCAGAGGUGGCUGAGCUGUCUUUCCAGUCGUUCCUGGCAUCUGAGCCCAGAGGAGUCCAUGGGGCCAGAGACUGUGGCAGGAACGGGAAGGAUGGAGCUGGCUCCAGGGCCAUACCACAAUGGUGCUGAGACGCUGCUGCAUGGCGAGUUUGGGAUCUACCCCUCAAAGGGCACACGCUAUGCUUUGAGCCUUACGUGCACGGAGCUGCACAUCCAGCGCCUAGUGCCCAAGCCCGAGACAGACCAGCGGACAGUGGUAGCGCUGGCUGAUGUGGUGGGCUGUCACACACUCCGAAGCCGGGUGACCACUGACUGUGCUGCCUACUUCACGGUCUAUGCCUACCCACUGAAGAAGAGGAAGGUGGCAAUGGGCUCGGGCCGGGCGCGCCAGCGGACAGCACGCACCUUCCAGGUGGAUGGGGCUGACAACUACAAUAAGAACCAGGCCAUGGCUGAGAAGUGGGCAGUUGCCAUCAAGUGCCUAGUGCUGGGUGUCCCUGUCUCCAGUGAAACGGACAUCAGCCUGAGCCUCCUGCCCAGGCCUCGGCGCUUGCUGCUGCUCCUGAACCCUUUUGGUGGCCGGGGCAAUGCCCUGCAGUGGUGCCAGAGCCACAUCCUGCCCAUGAUCUCAGAGGCUGAUAUCAGCUUCAACCUCAUCCAAACAGAGCGAGCAAACCAUGCCCGGGAGCUGGUGAAAGGCAUCAGCCUGCCAGAGUGGGAUGGGAUCGUCACCCUCUCUGGGGAUGGGCUCCUGUAUGAGGUCAUCAAUGGGCUGAUGGAGCGGCCAGACUGGGAGCAGGCCAUCACCAUGCCGGUGGGCAUCCUGCCCUGCGGCUCAGGGAAUGCCCUGGCUGGAGCCAUCAACUUCAAUGCUGGGCUGGAGCAGGCAAUGGGCCUGGAGCUGCUGCAGAACUGCACAGUGCUGCUGUGUCACGCGGCCGUGGCACCCCUGGACCUGGUGUCAGUGACGAUGGCAUCAGGCACCCGCUGCUUCUCCUUCCUCAGUGUGGCCUGGGGCUUUGUCUCAGAUGUAGACAUCGAGAGUGAGAAAUACCGGCGCGUGGGCUCGGCCCGCUUCACACUGGGCACCAUGGUACGCCUGGCUUCCCUGCACACCUACCGUGGACGCCUCUCCUACCUGCCUGCGCCUGAUGGCCCAGCCCACCGCCCCAUUUCCCGCAGCAUUACUGUGGCUGCAAAUGGGCGCUUGCCCCUGACGCGCCUGCCUCUGCACCGUGCUGUCUCAGACAUGGGCUUGUGCGAAGAGCGCCAGGCCUUCCGCCACCGUGGACCUGAGCCCCCUGAUGACCCUUCCCCAUCCCCGGGGUCCCCCCCUCCUAUCUCGGCCUCAGCCCUGCACCCCCAAAGCUUCAUCUUUGAGCCGGCACCUGAGGAGCCGAUAGGUGCCCCAGAAGGCGGGGGCAUGGACACAGGCAUGGGUGGGCCUCCAGAUGACCUGCUGGUGCCCCUGGGGCAGCCAGUGCCCCCAUCAUGGGUGACUGUGGAGGAUGACUUUGUGCUAGUCCUGGCCAUUUACCAGACACACCUGGGUGCUGACCUACUCACAGCACCCUUCGCUUGCCUCAGUGAUGGGCUUAUCCACCUCUGCUUUGUCAAAGCUGGGGUGUCACGUGCCGCUCUUGUCCGUAUUUUCCUGGCCAUGGAGAAGGGCACCCACUUUGAGCAGGCCUGCCCCCACCUCAGCCAUGUACCUGUGCGCGCCUUCCGCCUGGAGCCCCUCACACGCAAGGGCAUCCUCACCGUGGACGGUGAGCGCGUGGAGUAUGGCCCCCUCCAGGCCCAGGUGCACUGCGGCCUUGCCCGUCUCAUCACUGGUGUUGCCCGCCUUGGGGGCUCCUCCUGCUGAGGUGGGGGGCGGGGGGUGGGGCUGGGAUGCACCCAUCCUCCAUUGUCCUUCUGUCAGAGUCUGCUGAGCCAUCAGGGCUGCACCCUCUCACCAGGACUUGACUGUCCAGCAGUGGGAGUGGGGGAGGGAGUAGCAAUUGCCCUCCUCCCCUUGGCUGAUCUGGUUGGAGGGAGACAGGGCGCAUGGGGGUCCAUCUUCCCUGUAGCUGCACCUCUAAGGGAGAGCCUCUUGCAGUAGGUACUGACCAUGCACCCUCUCAGGUGUAGCGGGUAGAGGACCAGAAGGGACUAUACUGUAACCCCCUGCCUCUGGCCUCCUGCAGGAGGAGGCAGGGGCAGAUUGGAGGCCUCCUGCUUCUGUCUAAUGCUGCCUAUUUAUUGCUUCGUUCCCAGAGAACCACCCACUGGAUGAAUGUAACUAAUGUGCUCCCUGCCCAGUGAGGCAACGCGGGGUGGGGAUGACGACACUAGGAUAGAUUUGGGAGUUGUAUUGGGGUAGAGUGGGGGCCCCUGCCAUGUGGGGGUGAUGCUGAAAGGCAUUAAAUGUUUGGUCACCAUGCUCAGCCCCUAGGAUGUGCAUCUCCCUGUACCAGCAGUGAGAUGAGGCUGCUGCCUGCUGGGGCAGGUGAAGCUGGGUGAUUGCAGCCCCUGCCAUGCCAGUGGCAGCCCUCUGGGGUGGGGCAGCUUCCCCCGUCUUGCCCCUGGUGCCUUGACGGGUGUAACCAGUGCAGCUACAGUUCUCCACAUGGAGGCAGAGGGCUGUGGGGGUAGUGGCUGGUGACUCCCUGUUUGUCAACUUUGGCUGUUUCCCAGUUCCCAGUUGUAACCCAUCAGACUACUUGUCUCCCAGAGAGGGGAUGCAACUGAGGCAUGCUGGCUGUCAGUCCUCUUAAAAUAUUGACCCAACAUGUUCUUUCCCUGUUGGUUUUGGGUGUUGGGGCUUGGCCCCAGGCUGUCAUCCCCCCUCCCCCAUGCCACUGUGCACAGCCUCCAAGUUGGGUCAGCUCUUACAGGCCCUUCCUGGGGUGGGGGCAGGGGAAGCAAAGCAAGGGGGUUGGGGGCAGGGGCUCAAGGUGGCCACCAAGAGGGGCAGGAGACAGUGUCCCGUACCAUUUGACUUUCCCUUUGCCCUACAGCCUGCAGGGGGGGCUGGGAUUCCUUUGCUUGAAUCCCAAGAGCCUGUUAUUCCCACAGUGGGUGGGGCUGAGGCUCAGCUUGCCCACCCAUCCCUCUGCAGGUGGAACAGGAAACUGAGGCACGGGAGGAGUGAAGGCAGGUUAGAAUGUAGGCCUCUGGUCCCUCUUUCCUUGAGCCCACUGGUUUGCUCUCCCCUCUGAGCUGGGGGGAACCCAGGUUUCCUGACAUCCUAAAGCAAAUACCCAGAAUACAGGAGGGUGGGAAGGCAGGAAGCCUGGCACUCCCCUGGGUCGCUGCCUCCUGGGGUGCAGGGGAUAAUGUGCUUGACUCACUGUUGGUAGCAGGGGCUGGGGCUAAAUGAAGCCCUGCGUGGCUGAAGGGCAGGACCUUGUUGGGCCAUGGCUGGGGCACAGCAGGGUGGGGGGCAAUCUCUGCACUGAGCCUGCACAUUGUGCUGUUGCCUGCUAGGGCUUGCCCACCUGCUGGGAUGGUGGUGGGGCAGCUGUCUGUCCGUCUGAUACCUGUUCUGUCUGUCUUACCAGCUGCUACAAAACCCCUCACCCUGCUCCCCUUUCCCAUCAACCUCAUAGGUCCUUUCCCUAGGCAGCCUGCCCUUGGCCCCUGCCUAGCUACCCUGCUAUCCCAUGAUGCACUUGGGGAGUGGAGUAUUUUUGCCCCAUCUUCUCUCCACAUUCACAGGUCCUGGUGAUAUGCAGGUUUCUGCUCUGCCAGCUUCUGGGCUUGUAGGGUGGGGCCUGAUCCAGCUGGGGCAGGGGGGUGCUGGGCAGUGUCCUGUCUCCUGUGCAUUGCCUGUUAACCCUGUGUAUGCUGCAGCCACCCUCACUGUUAACUCUGUCUUGUCCUCGUUAUGAAGCAAUUUAGACCUAUGCAAUAAAGCAAUAGCAUGAGCCUGUCCUGUGCCAGCCCUUCAUUUCCCCUAGGAAGAGUGGGUGCUUUUAGGCCUGGCAGGGGGAGCCCAGGGCUGGGGUGGAUAGUGGGUUGGAAGCGAGAGCAAACCAGCAAGGCUGGGAAAGGGGCAGCAGGGUGGUGCUGGACCCCUGGGCCUCGGCCCACAGGGCUCCUCUGGGAGAGGGCAUCCAAGGGGAACAUGUAGCAGGGGCCACUUCCUCCCAGGCAUCCCCACGGAUGUUUCUGUGCCACCCCCGCACACCAGCGCAGGGCCUGACUGUCACACACACCUAUAAACACACAAACAGGGGACAGCAGUGCUGGUGGUACACAUAUCUACUCAGAACAAGACACCUGGAGCCUCCUUCUUGCCUGUCCAGUCUCUUUAUUCAUCCUGCUCUGUGCUGGGGUGGGGUGUAAGCCCCCUCACCACCCAGACUGGCCUCCAUUUGUUAUAUAGAAAAGAAAAACUUUCCCUGCCCCCCACCCCCAGUGUCUGUA